AAAAGUGCAUUCAUACAAAGCAAAAUACGCUUUGUUUUCAUUUUAAUGUAGCUAUAUAUAAAGAAACAGUUCACUGUUCCAGAAGCUUUGGAAAUAAUCGAGUCACGAUGAGCUCAUCGUCCUCACCCCUUUCCCGGGUGCGUCAGUGGGCCUCACCGUCCCUGAAGCACAGGGGCGCCUCUCCUGUCGCGAGCAGCACCCCGCUCUUCGCAUCUUUCGAGGGAAACGAUGAUGAGCUAGAGCGGCGUCAGAGGCGCAGAUCCCGGGUCAUUGGCCUGCAAGCUGCCGCUGACUCCUCAUUUAAUGAAUCUACCUCUCAUAGCACCAAGGGGACCCCUGCUGCUGUGCCCAAACUGUCAAAUGCACAGAUCUCAGAGCAUUACUCCACCUGCAUCAAGCUCUCCACUGAAAAUAAAAUUACCACCAAAAAUGCCUUUGGUCUCCACCUGAUUGACUACAUGGCUGACAUCCUCAAACAGAAGGAUUCUGAGCUCACAAAUUUCAAGGUGGCAGCGGGUACCUUGGACGCCAGCACCAAGAUUUACGCAGUCCGAGUGGAUGCUGUCCAUGCUGAUGCCUACAGAGUACUGGGAGGACUGGGUGCUGAGACCAAGCCUGGGGAAGCAGGAGAUGGGGGAGAGAUGGCGGAGGGUGCUGCAGGAGAGCUGGCUGCCAAGCAGGUGGUGAAGAAGAAGAAGAGGCCUCCCAAAAAGACUGUGGAGCAGAACCUGAGCAACAUCGACAGCUCUGAGUCGGAGAGGAAGUGUGAGGUCGACCCCAUGUUCCAGCGCAUGGCGUCGUCCUUCGAUGAGAGCAGCACAGCAGGCGUAUUCCUGUCGGCGCUGUUCAGUGAAGACAGUAGCUGUGAGCUGCUCUUCCCUUCCCACAUGACCUUGCUGCACUCCACUCACUCCUGCUCCCAGUCUCCUCUGCAGCACGUCCCUUCGCUGCCCUUCACAGGUGGUCUCCAGCAGACCCAGGAGAAGAGCUCCAUCUGCCCCUCCCUGGUAGACUUCUCUUUCACCAGCUGGAACCCUGACCAGACCAUGACCCAGAUGCUGGAGAAGAUGAAGCAGGGGGAUCACGUGUUUGACCGGAACGCUGAGGCAGAGCCGGAUGAGGAGGAGUGUCAGGAUUUUGGGGAUAAUUUUGAUGGAGACUAUGAGGAGGGUCAGGGGGAUUAUGGUGGAGAGGGCUCCAAGGAACACAAGGAUGGCUGUAAGGCUGGAGGGCCGGGGAGAGGAAGGGAUGUGAUUCCCAUUGGAGGGGGGGACAUAACCACCAUGUGUCUGCAGCUGUCCAACCAGCCCAGAGAGUACUCCUACUUCAGCCCUAGGACCAUGGCUACCUGGGCAGGUCCUGGCUACUGGCGCUUCAAACCUCUGCACAAAAGUGACAACAUGCCUGAGAAGGAGGGUCGCAAGAGGAAGUCUAAAAAUGCCUUUGAAAUUGACUUUAACGACCAUGUCAACUUUGAAACCUACUUCUGCAACACUAGAGCUGCUACCACUAUCAUCAAGUCCGCCCUCAGUACCAGCAACAAGAAAACCACUCUAGCUGCAGACUUCCAGUUCCCCCUUAAGACCCUGUCCCAACUCAGCCUCAAACCUGCCAGCAUAUUGUGUAAAGAGGGCCAGAAGAGGUUGUCUGGAGAGCUGGAAGGCAUCGGAGACUACGACUACAACAACGCCAACGACACAGCCAACUUCUGCCCUGGCCUGCAGGGUGGGGACAGUGAUGAUGGUGAAGGUUUCAGUAGAGGUGCAGAUGACACCCAGCCUUCCGCAGACAGUAACCUCGCCUCCUCACAAGACCAUGACGACGUGUCCACCUAUGGGGAGGACAACCUGGUGCCAGAACCACACCGGGUGAACAAGAUUGAGAUAAACUAUGCCAAAACAGCCAAGAAGAUGGACAUGAAGAGGCUCAAGAACAUCAUGUGGAAUCUUCUGACUGACAGUCUGGAAAAAACAGCCACGGAGGUGGAGAAUGCUGAGACUUCAGAGGUGUCUGGGGAGAAAGUCUUCAGUCAGACCACAAAGACCCUGCUUCAAAGCCUGCCCCCCACCAUGGCUCAGAACCUGUCUGUGCCCCUGGCGUUCGUCGCCCUGCUGCACUUGGCCAAUGAGAAGGAGCAGGGAGAGGUGGUGGAGCAGGACAAGGUGAGGACCCUGCAGUCUCAGGUGGAGGGAGUGAAGGACAUCAUGACCCAGAACGUGGACCGGAUCCUGGCCCGGGGAGAGAGGCUGGACGACUUGAUGGGCAAGUCAGAGGACCUGCAGGCUGGGGCUGAGGACUUCAAGCACACGUCCCAGAAGGUGGCUCGCUCCUACUGGUGGAAGAACAUGAAGCUGUGGGUGGUGAUCGUGGUCAUUGUCCUCGUCAUAAUCCUCAUCAUCGUACUGCUCAGCACUGGCGUCAUCCCAACUAGCUCCCCUGUUCCCCCACUUCCCAAACCUACUAAAAGACCAAACUAGUAAUGUUUUUCCCCACUGUGUUUCAAUGUGUUUUAGCUGAGCUGGUUGCUAGAGAGGAUGUCAGUGGGGUUUUUUUGUUUUGAAAGAUGGGGAAAAUUUAGCUGCAAUGGUAUAGUGAAAGAGGGAAUGGAGAGUCUGAAGAAGCAUGAGAGCCUUUUGACCUCUAUCCAUGACCUGAUACUCCAUCAUACACAAACUGCGGGAACUCAUGUCAUGACUUAAUGUGGGUUCUCAUGGUCCAUGUACUCAGGCCUUGGAAACUCUGGCUAACUCCAGACAACCUGUUGUGAGAGAGGUGGAAUUGAACAGCUAACAACUCCCCUUGCUGGUCCAAACGAGUGUCUCAAGCUCCUAGGACUACUGUCAGCCAUCUCAUAGCUUUGCAUAGUAGCUUUUGGUAGGCCCACCUGUAUUCUUUAACUACUUGUGGGUUUUAACUCAUCUCACUGUCCACUCCAAUGUUACAAUACCAGCCAUGCUUUGGGGAGGUCAAGGAGUUAACUCCCAUGCUUGUAUAUAGUUAUCAUACCUGUAUAUACAUUUGUAAAGCACCCACAUGGGGCCCUAAACCAUUCCAGUAGUGUAACAAUGAGGUUAAUUUGAGGCUAUUUAUUGUUAUAUUUUUCUCAUCCCUACUGAACAUCUUUUUUUGUUUUUCAUAUGACUGUAUUAAUGUUGUUUUUAAUCAACAAAACCAAUUAAAUAAAAUUAUAUUUUAUAAGAGAGUCCUAUCAGUAGAUAUGCGGUUUAGAGCUAUAAUUGUAUUUUAGACAAGUAGGAUGUAUUGGGAAUUUGGGCCAGUUUCAAUUGCUAUAGAAUUCUAUUAUUUUGUUUUUCAUUCAUUGAUGGAGUUCAAUCAUGUUAUCUGAUUAAUUAUAGAAUAAAUAGCAUUUACUUCCACA